AUGGCGAUGGUUGUUGCAGGGAAUGUAAGCUUUUGUCUUAAGCUAGCGGAGGCAGGGAAAGAGGGGGCACAAGCCUUGUUAGAGCAAAGGCACGAGGAGGAGAAGCAGCAGGAGGAGGAGGAGGAGCAGGAGCCUCCGGAGAGUCCCGGGAGCUUCUUCUCUUCCACAUCAUGCAGCACAUCAGAUGAAGACUCCAGCAGCCAAGAAGAGGAGGGCACAGGCUUUCACCAGGCCUCAGAAGACACCAAAUCCUUGCCCAGAGACCUGCUAAAUGAGAAGGUGGCUAAUUUGGUUCAUUUAAUGAUUCUCAAAUAUCAACAGAAGGAGCCCAUAACAAAGGCAGAAAUGCUAAAGGUUGUCAUCAAAAGGGAUAACAAACAAUUCCUUGUGACCUUUGAGAAAGCUUCUAAGUGCCUAGAGGUGAUCUCUGGCAUUGAUGUGAAGGAAGUGGACCCUAAAACCCACUGCUACAUCCUUUUCAACUCAUUAGGCCUCACACAUGAUAAGAUAGUUAGUGAUGAUCAGAACAUGCCUACAAGUGGCCUUCUGAUAAUCAUUCUGGGUGUGAUAUUCAUAGAGGGGAACUGUGUCCCUGAGGAAAACAUCUGGAAUUUCUUGAAUAUGAUAGGCAUCAAAGCUGGGAGGAAGCAUUUCAUUUAUGGGGAGCCUAGGAAGCUCAUCACCAGAAACUGGGUGCAGGAGAAUUCUCUAGAGUACCGGAUGGUGUCUAAUAGUGAUCCUUCAUGGUACGAAUUCCGGUGGGGUCCAAGGUCCUAUGCUGAAACCAGCAAGCUGAAAGUUUUGGAAUUUUUGGCCAAGAUCAAAUGGAUUGACCUCAUUUCCUUCUCAGACUGCUACGAGGAGGCUUUAAGAGAUGAGGAAGAGAGAGCUGGGGCCAGAAAUAACUCUAUGGAUAGUAAUACUGCCAUGUUUAUUGUGCAGCAUUUGCUAGUAAUUCCUGACCCAACUGAAGAAACUGUGUUUGAAGAGGGCAGUCAGGUUUCUAAGUAG